AUGGACCGUGCUACAGAUAUUUUAAUGUCACCUUGGACUGCAGUCCCAGUUGAAACUGAUGGCAUUCAAAAAGUGACAGUCGUCAGGAGUAUUUACGACGUUUGCAUUCCACCGGCUAGUGAGGAAACGCGACUAUCUCUCCUCAGAUACCAGUCAAAGAGACGGCUUAUGGAACCAGCUAUAUCGAGAGGCGACCAGAUGAAUGCGAUGGGGAUUUUACGAUCGGAGCCUGCUUUCCAUCGAAUGGCGCUCCGAAGAAGUGCCAGCGAGCAAAUGCUCUCCAAUCGUAGGCGGGACUUCUCAGAAUUACAGACCGAUAGCUCUAAACGAGCAAAGAAUCGACAAACCCGGAAGCAUGAUGGUGUAUCUGUACAACUACCGGCAAUGAUUGAAGAUAAUCCGAUGACAAAGGUGUCCGCUUUAGAUGUGUCCCCUCUCUCACUGGACAUUCAACUGAUGGACACCAACUUUGACAUCGAAGAACUCCUGCGUGAAGCCGAAAUGGAGAUAGAGAUGGAUAAUUCAUCAGAUACGUCAGGUCCAACGUCCUCUUCGCCUGAAAUGUGGGAAGAGAAAUCACGGUACUGCAGUUCUGCGUCGUCGAAUUCAACUCUGAGAUCGAACUUUGAAGACGGAAAUGCAUCAUCAAGGACGAAACCAAUCCAACCUCUAAUUGCACAUUCUAGUUCUGAGAUGAAAGAAGAUAGAACACCGAAAAGGCGAUCACGAGAACCAAGGACGAAGCCAGUGCUGUUCUCACAGGAGACUAGAAGAAGGAAAGAACAAUAUCUCCAGCAAAAGCCAUUACCAGCCAUACCCACGACGUUGUCUAUAGUCACCAACCAGAGCAACCAGCAUGUCGCUGUCCUUGCAUCGAAAUAUUCGUCAAGCGGUGAUGAAUCUCCCAUAGAUAGACUUCUUGUGUUGCAAACACAAGAAAAGGCCUUUUCACAAGCAGCUAAUGAAUUGGAACGAGAGCUGAAAAAGACAGCAGAUCUAUAUCCAGUCAUGAGACCCGAGCAACCACUCAUCAAACUCACAAAAGACGACGAGAAUGCAGUGAGCCCAUUGAAUGUUUCUCCAAAAUACGAUAUCAGUUCCAAAACAGGAUUCAUUACGAACUCUUUAGGACCAAAUCAAAGAGAGAAUGUUUCGACAAGGAAGCAAAGCCACACCUACAAGGCUUUCCCUUCACCUGAAAACCCGAAUCUAGCAGCUAGUAGCAAUAAGAUUCAACCGAACCGACACAAUACCGAAUCGCCUAUAGACAUGCAACCGGCGGAAAUUACUAUCAAACGAACCGCGCAAACCUCGCAGUCCCCAAGGAGCGUCUCCCAUAAGAUAAAGUCCUCUGUACACUUACCGCACUUGCGAAGACCUCGAUUUAACAGUCACUCUGUGCAUCCAAAGCAGCUUAAGGAAAAUAAACGAUCCAAUGCAUCGACAAGAUAUCCCGUGAAAACUCUCCGAGAAGAACAGGCGGCUUUAGCUAAGAGUACGGACCGUUACAUUGACACAGAAAUUGCGAAGGCUCUGAAUGUGGAACAUGACGAGGAAGAAGACGGUGAUGCAAUGGGCAGCAAAGAUCCCAAAGAAAACGAAUGGUCGACUAUGUACCCUCUCAAAGCUGUUAAGAAGCUGGGAAUCCCACUAUUGACCAACAGUCAUAUUCCCCGGCUGUCAUCCUCAGACAUCGAGAGAACUGUACGGCAGCAGUUACCAAAACUUGAUACCAACUCCCUUUUGAUUUCAUCCCCUACGUCAACAGUGUCAGAAAGAAGAUAUCCGGAGACACCAGAGGACAUAGGUGUGCGUGUACGGUCUUUCAUCGCGAACUCCAUAGAUGUCCAAUCGCCACGUGAAGAGAAUCACGAUAUGGAUAUCGGCGAAACCCUACACAAUGAAAAAAUAUUUGUCGGCUUUGACCGGAUGGAGACUAUGCCUGAAGAUUUUUCUCUAAAGACAGAGGAAAUUUCUGUUGUGAUGGAUGUUCCAACUACAACACAACCGUUAAGAGCGACAUUCCCUCCACGCAAAGAAUCCCUGUACGAGCUAGGUGAACACGGCUCAACUCCUAUACCAUCAACACCUAAUUCAAUCUACAAUAUGAAGCUCUCAAUGCCGGCUCAACUGACAGACGAGGUGGUGUUAGCACUCAUGAGGAAUGUUGACAAUCUUGAUGGAUUGUUCAAAUACGCUCAAGUAAACCGGCAGUUCUAUCAGGUAUUCAAAAGUAAUGAGCUUCAGCUCAUCAAAAAUGCAUUGUUCAACAUGAAUCCACCUGCAUGGGAACUUCGAGAGAUGAGUCCGCCAUGGAGUGACAUUUCAGACGGUCUAAAGGAUCCCGACGCACCAGUCCCAGAGUACACUGCUACUUCUUAUUUACAACAUUAUGCCCGCGACGUGUUUGCCUUGGUCAGGUUGAAAGCUUUGAUAUACUCAAGAUGCAGUUCGAUUGUGCGUUCCGAAACCAUUGGCGGUUUGACCGGGGAAGAUGAUGUUCGUGCUUCAGAGAUCGAUGAAGCCUUUUGGCGAGUUUGGACCUUCUGCCGUAUCUUUGGAUGCGGUAAGAACAGAGAAGGCGAUAUCAAUGGACAAAUUGAUUGGUUGAAUGGCGGAUAUCUGGCGAAAAAAAGCAAGUCCGGUGCGACGGUGGUUACAGCUGAGCCAUUCUUUAGCAUGAACAACGUCCUUUUCGACCCCCCUGCCGGGUUUGGAGACGGCAAUGGUGAUGGACUGACGUGGAACCAACUGUAUGACAUGCUGGAAAUUUGGAAUUGCCUUGGGACUCUGGUCCAGGGAUUUCAUCGUGAGUGCAAGGAAGCCAGAGUGGCCGGCAUAUUCGACGGGUUGGACAUUCCCGUAGGCGACAUCGCAAAAGAAGAAGCCAUGUUGGAAGAAUGGACGCAUUAUCUUUUGACGUUGGGACCAUCCGCUUUGGUUGGUCUGAGUUCUGUUACUUCUUCUUACUCAGCCAAAGACAUUUUUGCAAAGGCCAAACAAAUGGGUGUCACAAAAUGGGAAGCUUCGGAGGAUGGUAGUACCCGGUCAUCGUUUCUUCGCGAAGCGAUCUCUCGUACUUAUAACAGCAGAGUGGCGAUACAGCAUAAACUCUCGAAUUCCUCAGCAUCUGAUUAUUCAGUUGCAUCUGGACGGGAGAGAACUCGAAAUUAUAAUUCCGCCGGUGGCAGACGACCUGGGCAUUUACUCUACACUGAUUGCACUGAUGAGGAUAACACUUCCAAUCAACGUGCUCCCCCGUACACAUCUCGCAAUGAUGACAGCGCUUUUACAGCACCAUUAUUGAGUCCACCGCCACGAUACUCAAUUACAGAGAACCGGCUCAUUGACCCUGUCGACAAAGCAAUUCAUCGAAUGGUGCACGAGCUCGGCUUCAGCGAACGUGAUGCGACAUGGGCUUUGAAGAUAACGGAUACAGGAGACAUGCUGGACAUUAAUGCUGCUAUUCAACUGCUUGUUAGAGAACGGCAAAAGCGUGACAGAGUCAAACGUUUUGACAACCCUGAUGAUACAACAGCAUCGGGCCGGGAUGAUUGUCUUGUUGAUAUCUCGAGGCAUAGAGGAAUAGUGAGUUGGCGAUGGGCUUGACAUACCUAAGUGGUGACUGAAUAGUCAUCCCUUUCCUGUCUAUGUUAUUUCAUUCAUUCUUGACAGAAACCUCUGGAAAUAGGCUCUACUACUUUUGUUUUAGUCAGUACUUUUUGACCUUCAUUUCAGAAAUAGCGCGAUGGUGAUCUCAGAUUGUAUGUUUUAUGGGCUGGUGUUCUAUUUAAUUCAUUGUGAUUGCCACAUUGUGUAUUUCAUGGAUGUUACCUAAAUACCCCUUUUUGUGCUAGCAUAU